AUGGCGGGCGGCGGGCGGGCUCCCGGCGUGCAGCGCGGCGGCGGGCUCAUGGCGUCGGAGCCGCUGCUGCUGCUGCUGGCGCUCUGGGCGCUGGUGGCUCCGGCUCGGCCCGGGCCGGCGGGCGACGGGGGGUGGCGGCGGGGCGGGCCGGCGGCGGCGGCGGAGGAAGAGCACUGCACGGUGGAGCGCCGGGCCGACCUCACCUACGCCGAGUUCGUGCAGCACUACGCCUUCCUCAGGCCCGUCAUCCUGCAGGGGCUCACAGACAACUCGAAGUUCCGGGCCCUGUGCUCCCGCGAAAGGCUGUUGGCCUCCUUUGGGGAGAGAGUGGUUCGGCUGAGCACUGCCAACACCUACUCCUACCGGAAAGUGGACCUGCCCUUCCAGGAGUACGUGGAGCAGCUGCUGCACCCCCAGGACCCCACCUCCCUGGGCAACGACACCCUGUAUUUUUUCGGGGACAACAACUUCACUGAAUGGGCAUCACUGUUUCGGCACUAUUCCCCACCCCCGUUUGGUCUGCUGGAUACCACUCCUGCUUACAGCUUUGGAAUCGCAGGAGCUGGCUCUGGGGUACCCUUCCACUGGCACGGACCUGGGUAUUCAGAGGUGAUCUACGGCCGCAAGCGCUGGUUCCUCUACCCACCUGAGAAGACACCCGAGUUCCACCCCAACAAGACCACGCUGGCCUGGCUCCAGGACACAUACUCAGCUCUGGCACCGCAUGCACGGCCCCUGGAGUGUACCGUCCGGGCUGGUGAGGUGCUGUACUUCCCUGACCGCUGGUGGCAUGCCACACUCAACCUAGACACCAGCGUCUUCAUCUCUACCUUCCUUGGCUAGCCAGAGCCAGCUGCAGGCAGGACAUGUCACACGCCAGCACAUGCCCACCUAGUGCUCACAGAUUUUAUUACAGAGACGGUGGUAGCAGCAGUGGCCUGAGCCCAAGCCACCCUCACCUGUUUUCCAGCCCAGACGGGGGACAGGGGAGGCUUGUGGCCCAGCAAGAGCUAUGCUGAGAGGGGAGCAGUCCAGAGCCCAACAGCAGAACUGAUGGG